UGAGCAAAGGCGAAGUAUGGAUCAACUGUUAAAGGAAGCGCUAGAUAAACAAAGGAAAGAUCUACAGAAAGAUCUCCUUAAGAAUCUAGAAAUUGAAAGAAAGAAAUAUGAAGUGUUGUUGGAAGAAAAGUUAAAUCUUAAAAAAGAAGAAGCACAAAGAGAAAAUGAAAGAUAUAGAAGUGAGCUGGGGGAAAGAAAGAAACAACUAGAAACAGAAAGAGAAAAUGCAAGACGAGAUGCCGAAUUCUGUAGGAAACAAGAAAGAGAAAGGCAAGAUGAAGAAAGGCGGCACAGAGAAAACUUCGAUAAAUUAUUAAAGGAACACCAGAAGGCGCAAAUGGAAGCAUUAGAUAAAAUGAGAAAAGAUCAACAGAAAGAUCUUUUUAAACGUCUAGAAAUUGAAAGAAAGAAAUAUGACAUGUUGUUGGAAGAAAAGAUGAAACUUGUAAAAGAAGAAUCACAAAGAGAAAUUGAAAGAUAUAGAAUAGAGUUAGAAGAAACAAAAAAAAAAUUGGAAACAGAAAGACAUAUAGCAGAAAGGGAAUCUGAAAUAUAACGAAAACAAGCAGAAGAUAAUCAAGUUGGAACAGUUGGAAACAGAAAAAGAACCAGUGGAAUGGAAAGCUGAAAGGUAUAGAAAAAUAGAAAAGGAAAAACAAUGUCAGUGGUUUCAUACAAGAAUGCUGGAUGCUUUAUGGAAUAACAAAUGACAGUUUGAUUUGCAUUGCAUAUCUAGGACACCUUCAUGCGUAUUUUCUCAGAACUGUUUCGACAUAUUGUUUUCGUAUUCGGGGGAGGCUAUAUAAUCAUACCUUGACUUGUUUUUUUUUGUAUGCUUUAUGUUGUAUGCUUUCUGUUGUUUACUUGUUCGAGUUUAUUGAUCCAGAACUUGUUCUUUGCUGGAGUGUUAAAGCAGUAUCAUCUAACAAAUGUGAUCCGGUCCAGAAUUCCUUGUUUCAGAACAAUGUACUCUUACAGAAACAUUUUUAUUUCAUUUCUCAUUGUACUCGUAGUUGUUCAAUGUAAAUACACGUAACUUAAUGGCAUUCCGUCAUUGUCUGAUAUCACUCUUAUCUCUAACUGCAUGUUGCAUUUGACCAUGUAAUAUAAGUACAAUAUCUGCUGGGACGUCCGUGGCCGAGCGAUAAAGGUCGUAGACUUCAAACCAUUUGCCCCUCACCGCUGUGCCCGUUCGUGUCUGAAAUAUUGCAUGGAAGGGCAUCUGAGGUUUUCCUCCACCAGUAAAGCUAGAACGUCACCAUAUGACCUCUACUAUGUAAAUGUGACGUAAAACCCAAUCGAAUUAACAAACAAGAUGUGCUGGUAGAAGCAUAAUUAUACUAGUAUACAUGUAUAUGAAACAAGAGCCACCUCUUAGUGAAUGCCACUUUCUACUUUUCCUUACACCUCACUUCAUCUAAGAAAGAAUAUUGUAGUAAAGAAUACUUCUACAAUACAUUAUUUUCUUUUACAAAAUAUAUAAACAAAUUUUAUAUUUGACAUUGACGGUCAAGGUCAUUCAAAAGUCAAGGUCAAAUUUGAAUUAAUCAUCAUGUCAUAUUUCGUCGUAGAGUUUUGCACUUUACUCUCUCAAAAUACUAGUACGUUCUAAUGACUUCAGAACAUACAUACAAUAUAUUAUAACAGAAGCAAAGUCGAACUACGAUUUUCAUUUUUAACAUAUUUGAUUAUGAUAUAAUCAGAAAAAGAGAACAACCUACAUUUUUCUUAGAUUGAGCACACAACAGUAGGCCACCAGAAAUCGAACACCUGAUUUGAAGCGAAAUUCCGACGGUGUUAGAGGUCUGCGUUGAACAGGCUUGUCCAAGAAUGAAUUAAAUCCAUAAACAAAUAAGUUAUGACACUCUUAUCAAAUUUCAAUGAUGACCUUGAGAUAAAGGUCAAUUAAAGGUCAAAGUCAUAUGAGAAUAAUUCAACAUCGGUUUUGUAAUAUGUGUUCUUUUUCCAAGUAUGAAUUAAAGCUUUAAGUAAAUAGUUCUACCAAUGUCAUGACAAAUUAAGCAAAUUUCAAUAAUUUGACCAUGACGGUCAUGGUCAAAUGAAGCCCAAUAGUUAUAAUUAAAUAAUUCAACUUG